AUGUCGGCAACACCAAGCCGAGCGCAAUCUCAGUCCUAUCCACCAUCAGCACAAUCGCACAGACGAAACGCAAGCCAUACCUCAGUCUCAGAUGCAAUACCCCUGCCAGAAUACGAGGUCCCCAAGGCACCCCUCACAGCAGAAAGCCAGCGCAAAAUCGCUGCCCUCCUCGCAUCACAUCACCUCCGCAACCUUCGCACCCAUCUCCAACAUGCCGUCGAGAAACUCACACACUCAGGUGGUGAAGUAAAUGAGCGCCUUAGCGAUUCUCGGGGACGAUACGAGAAAAAUAAAGAAGCGCGUCGGCGUGAAGGCGAAGAGAAUGUCGACGACGACGAGGCCAAUGAGGAGUACCAGCGGCUUGCUGACGCAGAGGCUCGAGUCGGUGCUAUUACUGCGCGGAUGGAGGAGAAGACACGACUGAUUGUCGAUUCUGAAAUCAAGCUCCAGGGGUUAACCGAUGUGCUGGGUCAAAUUGAAAGGGAGGAGGGUGAGAAUGUCGCUGCUGCUUUGGGGGUGAGACAGACCCGUCAACAGCGGGCAAGGCAGAGAGCCAAUGAUGACGAUGAUGACGAUGAGACUGAGGAUCCCAACGAUGGUAAUUCUGAAGAUGCGCUGGAGAGGGAGAUGCGGGAGCGCAAUGCACAGAACCCGCCUAGUCGCAAGCUGGUCGAUAAGUUGACGGAGGGAGUCCAGAAGUGGGAGGAGCUGUCUUUGACAGAGAGGUAUGCCAGCAAUAACAACUACAUUGGCUUCUACCGGAUGGUCCACGACUCCAAGUUCCCCGGCGACGACGUCCCGCCGUUGCCACACUCCUCUACAUGGUUUGAGCACAUGGAAGAUAGGAAUGUGCGAUCGGGGGCAUCGACACGUACGCGAAACCAGAACCGUGGCGUCUCGCCCGCCGGCUCCGACGAUGACAUUGCCAUUGAGCGCGAGCGCAUCUCCCUCAAAUGCCCAUUGACUCUCACACUUUACCAGGAUCCUGUGAAGAGCACCAAAUGUCCGCACAGCUUCGAGCGGGAGGCCAUUAUGGACAUGAUCAGCCGCAGCCAGACGACUAUUGCGCCCCCGGCAUCUCGUCGGGGCCAGCACCGCGUCCGUGUGGUCAAAUGUCCUGUUUGUUCUACUCCGUUAACUGCGGAUGAUUUGCGGCCAGAUCCUGUUCUACUACGACGGGUUCGCCGUGCCCAAGAGCUCCAGCAGCGCGAAGAUGAAGACGAUCACCUUGAAGGCGAUGGGAGAAAGCGGAAGGAUCGAAGUACCGGCAUUACGUUGGGUAGUGACGCGGAAAGCGAUGACGAUGCUAUGGAUGUGGAUGUGGAUGCUCACCAAGCCUCACAGCGGGUCAAACAGGAGCCGCUCAGUCAGGCUGCUCGGGCCGUUGAAUCCGACAACGGGUCAAGCAGCGACGCGGAGAGUGAUGCGGAGAUCGAGGAUACGGAGAAUGUGGAGAAUGCAGAAGGAGAGAAUGAAGAAGCAGACGAGGAAGAGCAGAACCAAGAGAAGAAUGGGGAUGUGGACGCUCAGAAAGAUGUGCAAGCGGAUGUGCCGAAUGAGAAAGCGCAGGAUAAGGAGGUUAGUGAGGAUAGUGAUAGCGAGGACAGCGAAAGCGACAGUGAAGACAGUGAAGACAGUGAUAGUGAUAUUCAACCCAAGAUCGAGAGGGGGUCCGAGGAUGAAAGCCAAGACAGCGACUGA